CAACGCGCACAAAAUACGCACAAACACAAUUUUUUUUUUCUUUCUGAACAACAUCAAAACAUGACGACCAUUGCCAUUAUCAAAAAGGCCCUCCUCGACCUUAACGAUCGAACCGGAUCCUCUCUUAUUGCACUCAACAAAUGGAUCAAAACCAACGAAAAGGUGCGUGAAAAAACGAAAGCUGUUGCUUGGUUUCCCUUCUUUCUAUACAGUUUUGAAUUUUCGGUUGGCAACACCGAACUUCAAAAACCGCACACUUUCCGUCGUUCCCUCCGAAAUGGUGAAGUCGAUUUCUCUGGACCCAAACUGAAUUGGACCAUGAAACUACUAGAUACUAGUAGCAAACUAACACCGCAAUGUCACUGCAAAGUUGCAGAUAUUGCAGUUGGUUUGGGUCGAUGCUGUGGCUGAUUAAACUUUCACAACACUUCUACGGAGUUUUACGUACAUCCAGUAGGCAGCGACGACACUGACCUCCUUCGGAUGCCCCAGACUCUCCUACCGUAUUACAAUUCCAUUUCCAAUUACUCACGUACACCUUCCCACAUGUUGCACUCUAUUGCAGAAGGAAAUUGCGAAGCACGUCAUGAGAGCUGCGCUUGCGAAGGGUGUAACCGACGGAGUCCUCGUCAAGGUGAAGGCAUCGUACAAGUUGUCCCCUGAAGCCAAGAAGGCCAUGACUGCAAAGCCAAAGGCCAAGAAGCCUGUCAAAAAGGCAGCGCCAGCCAAGAAGAAGGCAACUGCAACCAAGAAGAAGACCCCUGCCAAGAAGACCACGACGACCAAGAAGAAGGCCGCAUCUGCCAAGGCUAGCACCAAGAAGGUAGCGGCAACCAAGAAGAAGACCCCUGCCAAGAAGGCAACGGCAACCAAGGCCAAGAAGAAGGCAGCGCCUAAGAAGAAGAGCACCAAGAAGACCAAGAAGCAGUAGGCGUAUUGUUCUUUGGGGAUUUGUUCGUACGUACUAUUAUUUGUUUCAAUCAUCAGAAUCUGCCGUGACUGUGUCUUGUACGACGAUUCAUUAGAUCUAAGGUCAAAGGAUGAUGAAGACUAAGAUGCCAUACUAUUAGUCGAAUAAUUAUGAUUAAUUAUU